CUGCACAGUGACCAACAAAGACGACACACAAAUACAGUGCAGGCAGAUGCUAAAACACGCCGAGACACACUGGAUCCAAUUUGGGAGAUAAGAGGGAGGAAGCAGAAAUAUAUCCACAAACAAUAAAUAAUAGAGGACACACUCACACACUGAACCCUAAAACUUCCUGAUAACGAACAGAAAAGUGUGUAUGUCCCUUUAAGACGUACAGGAAGCAAGAAAGAGAAAGUAAACAGGGGAAACAGCUGAACAACCCUCUACACUCUGCUCAUAAUUUUUGCUCUCGGGCCAACAAAAGAACACAAAUGGCGUCCAGCAGCAGCAUGUUAUCCAGGGAGCAGUUUCUCUGUCCCAUCUGUCUGGACGUGUUCACGCGGCCAGUUUCAACUCCAUGUGGACACAACUUCUGUAUGGCCUGCCUCACGUCGUACUGGGACAACGCGCCUGAGUGCCAGUGUCCCAUCUGUAAGGAGACUUUCAGAAGGAGGCCCGAUCUCAAGGUCAACACUUUCAUUUCAGAGCUGGUGUCACAGUUGACGGCGCUUGAUUUGACGGACCGCCACAUCUGGAGCGCCGAUCUAGAGCAGGUCAACUCUGGCCUCGCUGUGAUGUGUGACGUUUGCGCAGACACCCAGAAAGAGGCCGUCAAAUCCUGCCUGGAGUGUCUGACCUCGUACUGCGAUGUCCAUCUAGAGCCUCAUCAUCGAGCCUCUGGACUAAAGAGACACACGCUGCUUGAACCCAUGUCAAGUCUGGAAGACAAGGUCUGCAAGGAGCACGACAAGUUCCUGGUGCUGUUCUGCAGAGAUGACAGCGUUCUGCUCUGUGAGGCAUGCGCCACCUCGCGCCACCUGAGGCACGACAUCGUCCCCAUGCAGCGGGCGUACGAGGAGAUGAAGGACGUGCUGGGAUACGACGAGGACAAAGUGGAGCUGAUGAUCGAGGAAAGGCGUCAGAAGGUGGAAAUCAUGAAGCAGUCCAUGAAACAAAGCAAGGCGGAAGCUAAAGAAGUGAUGGAAAACGGUGCGCAGGACUUGACUGCUCUUGUGGUGGAGAUCCAGAAGAGCCAGGCGGCGCUCGUGAGGGCGAUCGAGCAGAAGCAAAGGACGGCGGAAGAACACGCAGAUGGGUUCAUCAGCGACAUGGAGGGGGAGGUUAAGGAGCUGCAGGUCACAGGCGCGAAGAUGAGGGAGCUCAAACAGACUAAAGACCAGUUCAGGUUCCUCCAGAGCUACAAAAACGCAUCCCUCCUGCCGCAGACCGCGGACCUGUCCGCGUACAACUUCAACACACACCUGGAGAUGCAGCACAUUCACAGAUCGGUGGAAAAGUCAUUGUCUCACCUGCGGGUGCUCCUGCACAAAAUGAACACAGACAUAAAACAAUUCUCCGACAACCCGUCAAACACCAGCAUGCUGAGAUACAUGCAGCAGUUUGAGGUGAAUGUCGUGCUCGAUCCCGAGACCGCGCACCCUCUGCUCAUUUUAUCCGACGACGGGAAACAGGUGAGGUACGGCAUGGGCUCAGGCUUGUGGGGGAAGCCGAUCCUGAACCCCAAAAUGUUCACCGAACACCUCGCGGUCCUGGGACGGAGAGGCUUCAUGUCGCGCAAGUUUUACUUCGAGGUUUAUAUGGGUCAAAAGACUGAGUGGUGCCUGGGCGUGGCGCAGGCGUCGGUCCAGAGGAGAAGGGGGAUUUGUCGGAGCCCUGGCUGUGGACUCUGGGCCAUCUGGUUCCUGGAGGAUAAGUUCGAAACCUUCAUCUCCCCAGAUGUGACUGUGUACGUGGGGAAAGUGAAACGGGUCGGGGUGUUUGUGGAUUACGACGGGGGUCAGAUAUCGUUCUAUGAUGUACAGACCGCGACGCUUAUUUGGUCUUUCACUGAGUGUGUCUUCACAGAGGAGCUGUAUCCGUACUUUAACCCCUGUGAUAAUGAAUAUGGGGCAAACUUGGAUCCAAUGAUAAUCGUACCUGUUUCUCCUGUCCAGUAAACGGAGGCUUCAGAUACUCAGAUUGAUAACCAAAAAAAAAAAAAAAAAAAUAGAAGGAUUUGUCAUAAAGUUUCGCAAACAUCAAGUGACUUAAUUAAAUCAUUUGGUGAAUUAAAAAAGCAGAGGAGCUUAAAAUAAUAAAUUGAUGUAAUUAAUCAGAUGUGAGAGACCAAUUAAAAAGAAAAAGCAACGUUUAAAAAAAACUAAACCUGCUUUAUUGAAGGAAGACAAAUCAUUUUAGAAAGUGGAUCCAGAAGAAUAAAAAUCAAUUAUUAUAUGUGAUUACAAUUAAAUUAUUUAAUCUAUUAUUUAUAAGCAACUAAAACACUAAUUUAUUAAAGAUGAAGCAUCAGCCUCUCAAGUUGCUUUGUGCCUUGUCAGGUCUAGGGCUGUUUGACGUGCUGCAUUCAGGUGACGUCAGUUUAAGUCCGGAGCCUUUGGCUCCAAUAGAUUGUGUUGACUUGUCAGAGGAGGCAAAGAACGGAUGUAAAUUAUGAAGGGAAUGAGUUCAGUUUCAGUUUUACCGAAACAGAAACGGAGCCAUUCACAUGAACAGCGCUGGAAUUUUAUUUCAGUGACAAAUGAAACUGUGAGAAACUCGACAGAUGACAAACAGAUGUAGCCAGAUAUACUCACUUAUAUAACUGACAAACAUAGCAAUUUAAAUAUUUGUAUUUCUUCUUCUCUUUUUAUGAGCUCGUCAUUUGUAUCAAUGAAAAAGACGCAUGUACACGUGUAGGAGGGCAGAUACGAAGGUGAAAACUGCGUAACAUUUAUACUGUGAAACCAUGUGUGAUGCUGAAAUUACAAGUUUGCAUUGUGACUCAGAGUCAGACUCCAAUCAGAGGGCAGACGGUUCAAGUUAGCCUUCAUUUCACUGAAAGGAUUAUUAGAUUUAACUCCCUGUGACCUCACCCACUGGUGGCACUCUAGCAGAUACAGUACAUAGUGACACCUUUUGAUAUUUAACAGUACAGAAAUUAUAUGAAGAGACCAAAAUAUUUUUUUUACCAGUUUUUUUUUUCUAAACAUGUUUUUACUGCUCAGGCCUCAAGUGGUGAUGAGAGGAACUGCAGAUCACAUCUAAUAUCCAUCUUAUCUUCUUUACGUGUUUAUAAAGUGCAAUUUACUUCUCAAAACCAUGUUCUAAUUUUAUUCUUUACUAAUAUUUAAAUAAAUAAACUCUUCUUUACCAUUUAUCUGAAUAGCAGCUAUAUUCAGUAUGAAUGUCAUAUUAAUUCCAAUAUCUUAUCACGUUGUUUAUUCCUGCAUUAAUAAUUGAGAAUAAGUUCAUGUCAUUUAAUUAUUUUUAGGUUUAUAUUUAUUGUGUUGGUUAAACGAGUAUAUGUAUUUUUUUAAAAAAAAGCUGUGCGUGUACAGCUCUGAAUCUUUUAUGUUCGACUUGUUUAAAUUUUUUAUAAAUAAAGAAAAAGCGUUACGUAACUGAACU